AAUGCCACCAGAGCGAGGGAGGAGAAGUUAGAUUAGCAGAGACUCUGGACGAUUUCUUCAACAGAUGAUAACGAAAAAUAAUCCAGAUGGGGUGCAGAUGCUGUAAAAUGAUACAAAGCUAUCUCUUUGAUCCUGUUCAAGUGCCCUCCCCUGGUUUUGUCAACGAAGUCAACAGCUGCAAGCUGGAGGAGGAUGACACGGUUAGACUAAAAGACAAGCAGAACAGUGAGGUUCUGGUGCCCAAGGAGGCCCUGGCUAACAGUGACGGUGUGAAGAGGACGGGCAGCAGAGUCCGGACAGCUGGUCUACCUCAACAAGCGCCACUUCCUCAGGAAGACGCUGGAGGAGGACCGGGCGCGGGGAAGCACGGUGUUGCUGUCAAUGGCAUCAGCCCCACGGCCACUCUGCAGUCUGUCAGGAGCUCCAGGUCCCACCAGGGAGACAGGGGCUCCUGGGCCAGCACGGUGGACGGCGCCCACCUAGCGCAACCCUUCCUUGAAGGCGAGGACCACAGGGGACAGGGCAGUGUGCUGCCCGCUUCGGAAGGGACCCAAGCUACCGGGCAUGCGGACUGCAGAACCUCGUGUGAGGCCGAGCGUCUGGCCCUGGCAGUGGCGGACCGUGCCCCGCAGAUACCAGCCCCGGAUUACCCCCAGCUCUGGGACCCUGCGAUGGACAACGCCGAGCAUGAGGAAAACGACUGUCUUUGCAGGAAGCACCCCGAGGAUGAAGAACCCCGGCCGGGAAUUCACCCCACGGGGGCCGAGCAGGCUUUGAACAUGCCCUUCCAGAGGAAGAGAAGCUGGGACUCCCUCAACGAGGCCGUGACCACCGAAGCGCUGAGGGUCUACUUUAAAGAGGAGGGUCCUGCUCACCCCGGACCUGGGGUUGACCCCAGAAGGGAGCAGGACUCCCGCGGGGACAAGGAUGGGGACAGGGUGGAUGAGGACGCAGCCGUGGCCGAGGCCCUGGCUGCGUUAGAAGCGGCCACUGCGGGCGAAGACGUGGAUGAGGCCGACUAGCGAGCGAGUGAGUGGGGCCCGCAGCGGGCAGGUGCCACCCUUGCCAAUCACGGCACUUGUCUGCAUCCAGUGCCUGUUCUGAUCUGCCAGUACCCGUGCCCGUGGCCAUUGUUAAGUGUGUGGACCGUCCUUCUGUGUACACGAGACACUGGGUUCCAAAUCAGAGUGGUGCCCACGCCCGUAGCACAUGCAAACGCUUGACCGCCCUCCUCACUUCCCAGAACUUUCUGUCUGCAGGAGCUGGAGCGUGCUCUGUGCUCUGACAAUCCAAGGUCAAGGUCACAGGGCAUUCGGUUUGGCUCUGCAUUCUUUACCUUGCUUUUUUUGAGAGCCAAAUCUUUCACGCAACCUAGAAAAUGUACCUACCCAGUUAAAGUGCCUACUGUGCCCCAGAGAGUGGCUUUAACUUCAGGGACAAUCACCCAGCGAACUAAUAACUACUUGUCAGGCAGCAAAUUAAGUUCAGUGGCCUUCAGGGUGACCCGUAAACAAAGGGUUAGUCAUUAGCUGUGCUAAGAAAACACCUUGACCUUAACUUUUUUUUUUUUUUUUUACUUUAUGGCUUAAUAAUCUCCUAUGGGAUGGGGGCGGGGGAGGCUGGCCAAGAUAGUUCCUUAAAUGUAUCCUGUCUUACUUUUAGGUUCAUAAGUUUUGGAAGAGCAAAGCCAUUUGUGAGGAGUGUGUGCCAUUAAAUGUCUGAUUCUGAUUAAAACAUAA